ACCCCCCCCCCCAACACAGCUGUAGCAAUCUUUGACAGCUUGCCUGCAAAAACUAGUUACUCAUAGUUUUUCGGUAUUAAAAAAUACAUGCUUUUCAAGCCACGCCACUGCUUUAAUUUACAAGAAAAUGUAACCAAAAAUUUCAUAAUUUCUAUAGCGUUGUUUAUAGCCACUAAUGAUGGUUAAAAACUUCAUUUUUUGGCCUUUUCUACUUGCUCUGAAAUGUAUUUGUAUUUAAAAAAAUAAUAAGUUGAACUUGAAAAUGUAAAAAAAAUAAUGUAUUGACAAUCAAAUGAAACUUCAAAGAAUAAAACUUACACUAUUUCAUCAUAAAUUAAAAUAAUAUUUUUAGUUUUUAGUUCUGUUUAGUGUUUGCUACGGUCACGGACACUGUUGCACUCGCUUCGUACUGAGUUGAGUUUGAACUUUGAAUUACGAAGAGUAUAGGUAUACUGUGUGUACACAAAUAUAUGUAUUCCUUGACCCUGAACAGCUUGAGUCACACAACUAUGGAUUUAACCAUGAAUCAUGAUAUAAAAGUUGAAAUAUAAUAAUAAUUUUUAUACAGAAAAUUGUUUUAAUAAUAAUUAAAAUUUUUUUUUUUCAAAUAUAGUAGACCAGAUUUGUUUAAACUGCGCCAAAAAACAAAAAUUAUAGUAAAUAGUGUCAGGGUCGAGGGGGGGGCGAGGGGGGGGCGAAAAAUGCUGAGGGGGGGGCGAAACGGUUCUCGCCCCCCCCCUAGUUGCGCCACUGCUCAGAAUAAAGGUUUUCUGUAUACCCAGACAGGUCUGAUAAUAAGGAGAGGAGGUGGAGGAGGUAGAAGUGAAGAUCCCUUGCCUUCAGGUUUCAGUUUUAUUGCAGCUGACUCAACUCUUGGUUGCGACCAACAGGAUGCUGGGGAUGCUUCAACAGCUGGAGUUGCGUCAGCAGUUGGAGAUGGAGGUUGCCGGAGAAUAAGACUUCCUAUGCAUGCACAUUUGGCUGAAAAUAUGGUAGCUGCGAUUGAAACCGAUAGUGAAAUUACAGACUACGAUUGGAAGUUGAUUUUCCUAAUGCCCCUGGAACAGUGGCUUUGCGUGGCAUGUCAAGCUGAUGAAGAAGAGCUCAUAAAGGAAUUUACUAAAGAUGUCAACGCGGCAAUCAAUAAGAUACUUUCUAUGUCUAAAGUGAUUUUAGUCGCGAUAAAUACACCAGAUAUUGGAGAUAUUUUUGAUUUAGAGGACUGUAAUUUUAGAGGUCCUCCUAUAUUUCAUCCUUGCCCCUGUCUCGCUGGAUUAUAUGAAAAUGGAAACGAAGACCAAAUAGAUAACGCUCAAGAUUCUGUAGAAGUUGCUCAAAAAAUUUUCAAAUCUAUUGUUGACGGUUUUAAGAAUGACGUGAAAGACCGUAAAGAUGCAGCUGUAAUCUACUUGGACCCGUUUAAGAGUGCCAAAACCAUGUUUCCUGAUAAAGACUCCUUAGCUGAUAACUGUUUUAACUGGGGGCCUGAUUUGACUGCUACAGCUGCUGCAUUGACAUGGAAUGCGUUAUUUGGAGGGAAUAAGGCGCCUCACAAAGAAAUAGAUGCUGGAUAUCUUGAUACCAACAAUAUCAUCAGUGGAACGAAUACUCAAGAUUUUAAGCUGGUGUGUCCCAGUAACCCUAUUGUGAAGGGUCAUUAUUGAACUUGAAUCUUGUCAACCUUCUAUGAAGAAUUAUUACACAAACCAUAAUUUUUGUAUUUUUACACAUGUUUUCUUCUGCGAAGAUUUUAUUUUACUUAUGAAUAAAUUUUAAAAUAUA